CAGGCUCUCGGUGGCGGCGGAGGCGGCGGAGGCCAGGGAGGAAGAUGUCGUAAUGAGCGAUCCAGAGACCAGCAUGGCUGCCACUGCUGCUGUCAGUCCCAGUGAUUACCUGCAGCCUGCUGCCUCUACCACUCAGGACUCCCAGCCUUCUCCCUUAGCCCUGCUUGCUGCAACAUGUAGCAAAAUUGGGCCUCCAGCUGUGGAAGCUGCUGUGACACCUCCUGCACCUCCUCAGCCCACACCUCGGAAGCUUGUUCCCAUCAAACCAGCCCCGCUCCCUCUCAGUCCUGGCAAAAAUAGCUUUGGAAUCUUGUCCUCCAAAGGAAACAUACUUCAAAUUCAGGGGUCACAACUAAGCACGUCCUAUCCUGGGGGGCAGCUGGUGUUUGCCAUCCAGAACCCCACCAUAAUUAACAAAGGAACCCGAUCAAAUGCUAACAUCCAGUACCAGGCAGUCCCUCAAAUUCAGGCAAGUGGUUCCCAGACCAUCCAGGUACAGCCCAAUCUCACCAACCAGAUCCAAAUCAUCCCUGGCACCAACCAAGCCAUUAUCACCCCCUCUCCAUCUAGUCACAAGCCUGUCCCCAUCAAGCCAGCCCCCAUUCAGAAGUCAAGCACCACCACCACCACCCCUGUUCAGAGUGGGGCCAAUGUUGUGAAGCUGACGGGUGGGGGUGGCAACAUGACUCUAACUCUGCCCGUCAACAACCUCAUGAACACCAGCGAUACCGGGGCCCCCACUCAGCUCCUCACAGAGAGUCCUCCCACCCCGCUGUCUAAGACUAACAAGAAGGCCAGGAAGAAGAGUCUACCUGCCUCCCAGCCGCCUGUGGCCAUGGCUGAGCAGGUGGAGACGGUGCUGAUUGAGACCACCGCAGACAACAUCAUUCAGGCGGGCAACAACCUGCUCAUUGUUCAGAGCCCUGGAGGAGGCCAGCCAGCUGUGGUGCAGCAGGUCCAGGUGGUGCCCCCCAAGGCGGAGCAGCAGCAGGUGGUGCAGAUCCCCCAGCAGGCUCUGCGGGUGGUGCAGGCAGCAUCUGCCACCCUACCCACGGUUCCCCAGAAGCCUUCCCAAAACUUUCAAAUCCAGGCAGCUGAGUCAACGCCUACUCAGGUCUAUAUCCGCACUCCUUCUGGUGAGGUACAGACGGUCCUUGUACAGGAUAGCCCCCCAGCAACAGCUGCAGCCACCUCUACUACCACGUGUAGCAGCAGCCCAGCAGCCCGUGCUCCCCACCUGAGUGGGACCAGCAAAAAGCACUCGGCUGCCAUUCUCCGGAAAGAGCGUCCCUUGCCAAAGAUUGCUCCCGCUGGAAGCAUCAUCAGCCUGAAUGCAGCCCAGCUGGCAGCGGCAGCCCAGGCCAUGCAGACCAUCAACAUCAAUGGCGUCCAGGUCCAGGGUGUGCCUGUGACCAUCACCAACACAGGAGGGCAGCAGCAGCUAACAGUGCAGAGUGUUUCUGGAAACAAUCUGACCAUCAGUGGGCUGAGCCCCACUCAGAUCCAGUUGCAAAUGGAGCAGGCCCUGGCUGGAGAAGCCCAGCCUGGGGAGAAGCGGCGCCGCAUGGCCUGCACUUGUCCAAACUGCAAGGACGGGGACAAGAGGUCUGGAGAGCAGGGCAAGAAAAAGCAUGUGUGCCAUAUCCCUGACUGUGGUAAGACUUUCCGGAAGACAUCCCUACUGCGGGCCCACGUGCGCCUGCACACCGGCGAGCGGCCCUUUGUCUGCAACUGGUUCUUUUGUGGAAAGAGAUUCACUCGGAGUGAUGAGCUUCAGCGGCACGCUCGUACCCACACAGGGGACAAACGCUUCGAGUGUGGCCAGUGUCAGAAACGCUUCAUGCGCAGUGAUCACCUCACCAAGCAUUACAAGACCCACAUGGUCACGAAGAACUUGUAAGGCUAGCUGAGGCAGGAGGCCCCAGUGAUGCAGUUCUGCUCCCCAUCUGUGUCUUGCUUGGGCCUCUGGGCAAAGGAGGUCCUUGCUUCCCUGGGCCUGCCUCAGCUCCUUCUGUUCUGCAACUUUCCCCCAGGAAGGGGCUCUGCUGCCCCUCCUCGCCUUCUGAAGCCCCUUGGCUUUGCCCUGACCCUUCCCUUUCAUCACAUGCUCCCGGCCUGCCCAGACCGUGGACACUGGCCAUGCCCAAUGAGACGUUCUAAACCAGGACGAGUGGGAACCCUUAUUUCCAAAGGAAAAACAUAAAUUUCACUCCGUCGAGGAGCAAAGUGAGCCCCCCCCCCAACACUGCCGGAGUCGCAUUGUGCCAUGCCCUUCUCUCCUGCACUUCCCUGCCCACCAGUCACCUCAGAUGCCCCAGGGCCUGCACCCAUGGCUCCCUGGGCAUCCACUUUGGAGAGGCUCGAGAGGCCGCCUCCACUCCACAUGCCCUACCCUGCCUCAACUCUCCUCCAGCACAUUCCAACUUUCUAUUUAAAAAAGUCAAGCUGCCCCCCAGACUCCCUGACUCCCCUCUUUUUCUAUGGAGAACGUUGCCUUAUACUAUUCUUCAGAUGAUGAACACUGUGUAUGUGUGUGCUUUAAAGUUUUAUUUAAUUGCUCCCUUCCUGUCCUUGUUACUCACCUCCCCCAUGCCUGCUUUCAGUUUAAGGUUUUUGGGGGGCAAUGAUGAACAUACAGAUUUUUUUUCUAGCAAUUCUCUUUUCUAAGUGACUCAGCAUUUCAACUCACAUCUGGAUUCAGAUAAAAACCCCUUCACAUCCUAAACCUCAUCCUCGCCAUUUCACUUGCCCCAGCCAGCCCCAGCUCUAUUGUGUACAGUGUAUAUUGUAUAAUAGACAGUUGUGUCUACUACAUGUUUAAAAAACAUAUUGCUUGUUAUUUUUGAGGCUUUUAAAUUAAACAAAAUUUCAACUUUA